AUGGCUUCAGGAAUGGAUAAAACGCAGUUAGCUGCGGUUCUUCAGCUAUUAAAAAAGUACAAUCUCAAGGAAACUGAAGAGCUCCUUAAAAAAGAGGCAAACAUCGAAGACGGAGCACCAUUGCAAUCAGAUUCUGAAGUUAGCAGUGUAUUAACAGGUUACAAGAGUGACGGUGACCCUGCUUCCUAUGAAGCAUCUUACAUUGAACUUAAACGGUUUGUGGAGAGUUCCUUGGACAUAUACAAACAUGAACUGGGUACUAUUUUGUACCCCGUACUUGUACACAUGUACCUAGAACUCGUUUACAAUGGCCACACUGAGAAAGCCAUAGAUUUGAUGAAAAAAUUUGGUCCUGAGCAGGACACAUACUACCAAGACGAUUUAAAAAAGUUAUCCAUGGUAACAAGAAGGGAUCACAUGAACGUUAACGAGUUAGCUGACACAUUUAAGUCAAAUCAAUUUAUUAUUAGAAUGUCGAGGGAUACACUGUCAUUACUUAAAAGACAUUUGAACGAUAAAAAGGCAUCUGUGCUGUUGAAUAUUGUUCAGGAGCAUUUAUAUUUUGAUAUGUAUGAGGGGGUUGCAAGGAAUAAGGGGCAAAUUGAUGCCACUUCUGGGGCUGUAGGGGGGGAAGCAAAAAGACAAGAUAAUAAAACUAAGGUUUACUAUGGAAUACCAAAGGCACAAGAUUUCCAGACUUUAUCGGCAGCUCCUGUAGAGGAUGAGGAGGAGCAGGGAGAUCAAGAUAACCCCGAUAAACCUAAGAAAAAAAAGGCAAAAAAAGAUCCUGCCUUUUCAAAAAAAACCAAGUCUGAUCCCAAUGCCCCACCAAAUGAUAGGAUACCAGUUCCAGAUUUGAGAGACAAUGACAAACAUGAAAAAGUAAAAGCAUUAAGGGAAGUUUCAAAAAGAGUGGCAUUAGGACCUGAAUCUUUGCCUUCUGUUUGCUGUUAUACUUUACUUAAUGCCAAUUAUUCGGUUACAUGUGCAGAAAUAACAGAGGAUUCCAGUAUGCUAGCUGUAGGAUUUAAUGAUUCAAUAGUCAAAGUUUUUACUUUGGUUCCUCAAAAAUUAAGGGCAAUGAAAAGUGUUGACCAACUGCAAGAUGUAAAUAUUGAGGCAGAGGAUGUCUUGGCGCGUAUGAUGGACGACAGGUCUGGCGAAUCUAGCCGCUCGCUUUACGGCCACGCCGGUCCUGUCUAUUCGGUGUCGUUCUCGCCCGACAAAACUCUCUUGCUGAGUUGUUCCGAGGAUACCACAAUCAGACUGUGGAGCAUCCAGAUAUGGACCUGCCUGGUGGUGUACAAGGGGCACAUGUUUCCCGUGUGGGACGUCAAGUUCUCUCCGCUCGGUUACUAUUUCGCCACCGCUUCAUACGACAGGACGGCCAGACUGUGGGCCACAGAUCACUAUUCGCCCCUCAGGCUGUUUGCCGGACAUUUCUCGGACGUUGACUGCAUUCAAUUCCACCCGAAUUCUAACUACAUAGCGACCGGUUCUAGCGACCGCAGGGUGUGUCUGUGGGACUGCACCACCGGCAACCAUGUGCGUCUCAUGACCGGCCACAAGUCGCCCGUGCAAGUUCUCGCCUUCAGCGUUUGCGGCCGAUUUUUGGCUUCGGCCGGCACCGACUGCAAGGUGCUCGUGUGGGAUUUGUCGCACGGCCAUCUGGUGGCGGAACUCACAGGCCACGAGAAAACAAUACACUGCCUGACGUUCAGCAGGUGCGGGAACCUGCUGGUGUCCGGCGGCUUGGAUUGUUUCCUGAAAGUGUGGGAUUUUACCAAGCUGACCGAGGAGGCCAGUUCCGAGGAGGUCAACGUCUCCCAUAAUCCAGAUGUGAAAUCGGGAGACGGGUAUUUGUUGAGGACGUUUGCCACUAAAAGUUCUCCAUUGAUUAGCUUGCAUUUUACAAGAAGGAAUUUAUUGAUUGCAGUUGCAAUGUUUGAUGGUGUCAGCACAUAAAAUUGUAUUUUUAUGUUUUAA